AUGACACCCGCUGGCAAUGAAGAGGUUCGCUGUGAGAUCCCGUGUCAUCAUGCGACGAGUGACAUGAUCCUUUAUUCCCGGGUGAGCGGCAGCGAUAAAGGGCGCUCACUGUGCCUCACUCGGUUCGCUGCGUUUGCCUCUAUACUUCUGUCGUGUGUGGCACUCCUGCUAAACGCAUAUCAACAUAAAGCAGCAGCAGCAGCAGACAACCAGGUGAGCUUCUUUUUCAACGGCGCACAAGUGUCCAUCCAUAAAAUCAACCUGUUAUCUGCAAAUAAUUAAUUUAUGGAUAGUGUUGUGUGUGAUAAGAAUCGAAACUGUAGCCUAGAGUAAAUGUGUAUAAUUAUUAGAGAGAUCAGAAAACGCUUGUCAUUCUAAUUGUAGAGGGCUGUGAUAUAUCUUGCAGACUAUUAUACACAGUAAAUCUGAAUGGAUCUUGUGUUUUCAUUUGUAGCUCACUUCAGCGGGAAGCGAUUCUAUAGGUACAUUCUGAUUAUUAUUAUGGCUGUUAUGAUUCUUAUUAUUAUUAUAAUCAUCAUCAUCAUCCUCACACUGUCUAUUCUAUCCCUCCAUAUAGGCAGUGUUCAGCAGCAGCAAGUUGGAACCAAUCCAAGUGCCCAUCUGACAGGUACAGUUAUGAUACUAUUCAUGAUAUUAUUGCUUGAAAGACCAAUCUAUAAGACUAAGCUAAAAGGUAAUGUCCUCAUUGUCUCUCUUCCAGCUCCAGCCUCAUUUAGUAAUUCAAAAAGGGAAUACCUUGAAUGGGAGGACAAACUUGGACUUGCUCACCUCAGCGGCUUUGAGUAUGAUGACGGCAACCUCAUCGUGCUCAAAGAUGGCAUGUACGAGGUUUACCUGCAGAUCACCUUCCGAAGGCCUAGUCACUUUGUGUGUAGCAAAGAGGACCCUGUGUUCAUCCUCUCCCAGAAGGUGAUCCUGUUUGCAAUUAACUACCAGAAGAACAGAGAACUCCUAACAGCAUCUGACACAGUGGAAUGCAUGCCCAAAUCAAAUUGCUGUCAGCCCCCUGACUCAGUGACUCCAUACUGGGAAAAAUCUACCCGCACAUCCGGGGUGUUUAAACUAAAAGCUGGGGACAGGCUUAGAGUGAGUAACGAGGACAGGUACCAUGAGUUGAUGCUCCUUCGAGAAGACUAUACAUUUUUUGGGGCACAUCUCAUUUGAGGUGCAGGGAUAAUAAUGGACUUUAGAGCUGUAUAUAUGUUUGCUUUAUGUUUGUGUUUUCUAUUGAAUAUGUCAACUGCUACAUAAUGAGAGCAUAACUUUGUUGAAAUGAUUGUAACCACUAUCACUUAUUAGACAAAUUAAUGUCUGUUCACUAUAUACUUUAUUUAUUUCUGGGGAGUUUUGAUUUGAGAAUGAUUUGAGAAUGUGGGUGAGAGAGCAUUUGAAGUACAACAUUGCAGUGUUAUUAUGCUCUCAAGUGUGGCCAUAAAUAACUGUUAUUCAGUAAAACAGUGACAUAGCUAUAGGGUUAACCCAAUUCUGAUAUUUUUGACCAAUCAGCUCUUUUGCCAAUCAUUUGGCAAAAGAUCAGAAUUGGCUGUCUGUGUAAGUGUAGCCUAGGACAAGUACAAUCUGGGAAAUGUAUGCCUAGUCAGCUAGUUGGAUUAGUGGGGAAGACACAAGGGUGGUCACAUGUGUUUGCAGGACAGAGGUCCCGAGUUCCAGUCUCAGUGUGGGCUGGUGGGGGAGGAAGUAGAGUUAAGCAAGCACAGUGACGUCUGUCACACAGACAAAUAGGGAACUUUAGAUUAGAUUGAUGAUCUUACACAAUCCGGUAUGUGGUAUACAACUUAAUUUAUGUUAGCCAUAAGUACAGUCGGACCUGGACCGUUGAAGGUCUUUUUUUUGGGGUGACAGUUACUUCGUAGUAAGAGAAGCGGACUAGUUACUAGAGGGUUGCUGGUUGAAACCCCAGGGCUGAUGAGGAAAAUCUAUGAGUUGUGUCCUUGCGCAACACAUUUAAUCCUAACUGCUCCAUGAGUGCCUCGCUACGGCUGACCCUGUGGUGUUCCCAGCCUGUCCUGUGGGGUUGGGUACUGUGUCAGCUACAAAUGUCCCUAAAGCUCAUAUAGUGUUUCUACUGUAUAAAAAAAGUAAAAGUGACACUUGAAGUGUGUUUCCAGCAGAUAAACAACAGAAUGAGCAGCCACUGUGUUUACCACCUCAACGUAACCUUACUUCAGAAUGUAUGGCAUGCAUGCUAUUGCACCAUCGUGUGACAGACAACACCCAUUGUUGUAAAUGUUGAUUAAAUGAUGCAUUGCUUCCUGUUUACACAGGCUGACCAAUAUACAGUGCCGUCAGAAAGUAUUCACACCCCUUG